CUCGUCGCCCGCCGGAGCUCCCUGAGGCUUAAACCCUCUUGACCUAAAACACAAAACAGCUCCACCCGCCAUUUUCUCUUCCUGCAAAGUAGUUACCAACCGUACGAAUGGGGAGGAAGAAGCCGCAGAAGAUAGCUCUGCCACCGGCGCUCCCACCGGAGGUACCGGACGAGGAUAUCGAAGUCUCCGACGAGGACUUGGAAUUCGUCAACGAGAAUGUUGAUUUCGCCGGGUUCCUCUCAACCUUGGACACCCAUACCAUCGACAAGCAUGUGAACCGCGUGGCCGACGCGAAGAAAGUCGGAGAAGACGCACUGGAGGCUGCCUACGAGAAGCGUCUGCAGAAGAACAAGAAGAAGAAGGAUACUGAGGAGGAAGAGAAGAGAGUCGAAGUCGAACGCGUUGAUGCGCUUCCGGUCAAGUCCUUGGACGGAAAGCUCUAUUAUAGAACUUUGUCUGAGAAGAAGGCUGAUGGUGGAGAGCUCGUGGAUGGAGCUGGCGAUGAUCAGAAGGAUAUGGGAUUGGUGAGGUUGACGAAGGCUGAAAAGAGGGCCAAGCUGAAGAAGAGUAAGAAAGAGGCCAAGAGGCUCGAUAAUGAAGCUGGAGGGGAGAAAGGAGAUGAAGCUCCACAGGCUGCUGUGCUGGCAGAGAUUCAGAAGGAUCUGUCAUCUGAAGAAAUCUUCGAAAGUAAGAAACAGAAACUCGCAGAGCUGGGGCUUGCAUUGCAGGCUGAUCCCGAGGCUAAUAUAAAGUCUUUGAAAGAAAUGAUUCAACUCUGCAAAGACCCUAAUCCGAUCAUUGUGAAACUUAGUUUGUUGUCGUUGCUGGCUGUUUACAAAAGUAUAAUACCUGGGUAUCGGAUAAGGCUUCCCACUGAGAAGGAGCUUGAAAUGAAAGUUUCCAAGGACGUGAAGAAGAUGCGAUUCUAUGAGUCAACACUGUUGUCCACAUAUAAGGGAUAUCUGCAGCGGCUGGUGACACUUGAGCAGGACCCCAAAUUUCAGCAUGUUGCUGUUCGUUGUAUCUGUGCUUUGCUAGAUGCAGCUCCUCACUUCAACUUCUGGCAGAGCUUGUUGAGUGCUGUGGUAUCUAGUAUAAGUUCUACGGAUGAUGUUAUAAGAAAAGUUAGUUGUGAUACCAUCAAGUCACUUUUUAUGAAUGAGGGAAAGCAUGGGGGUGAAGCCACUAUAGAAGCUGUUCGGAUGAUUGCUGAUCGCGUUAAAGCACUGAACUGCCAAAUGCAUCCUGAUUCUAUUGAGGUAUUCAUGUCAUUAUCAUUCGACGAAGAUCUUGUGAAGCCUGAUAAAGUUGACGAGGACAAGAAGAAACCCAAGUACAAUAAGAAUAACAAAAGAAAAAACGCCGAGGACCCAACCCAGGUGCUACAAAAUGACAAGAAAAGAAGCAGAAAAGAAAUGGUGUCAAAGAUGAGAGAAGAGGUUGCUGCAGAUUUUAAGGCUGCAGCCUUCACACCAGAUUUUGCUGAGAAGAAGAAAAUGCAAUCAGAGACGCUCUCUGCUGUCUUUGAGACAUACUUCCGGGUCUUAAAACAUACAAUGCACUCAACUACAACCAGUUCUGAAGUGAGUGGAAAUUCUAUCAGUGCACAUGAUCCCCACCCGCUACUUUCUCCUUGCCUCAAUGGACUCGGAAAGUAUUCACAUCUUAUCGAUCUAGACUACAUCGGAGACCUGAUGAAUUAUCUGAAAAGGCUUGCUGGGGCCACCAAUGGGCUGAUUAUCUCUGAACGCCUUCGAUGUUGCAUAAUCGCAUUCCGGGUGAUGAGGAGCAACCUCGAUGCUUUGAACGUUGAUUUGCAAGGCUUCUUUGUGCAGCUUUAUAAUCUCUUACUCGAGUAUAGGCCUGGAAGGGAUCAUGGAGAGGUAUUAGCUGAAGCAUUCAAGAUCAUGCUGUGCGACGAUAGACAUCAUGACAUGCAGAAGGCUGCUGCAUUCGUCAAACGUUUGGCCACGUUCUCCCUAUGUUUUGGAUCAGCUGAGUCGAUGGCUGCGUUGGUGACUGUGAGGCAUCUACUUCUGAAGAACGUAAAGUGUCGUAACCUGUUGGAAAACGAUGCUGGGGGAGGAUCAGUCUCCGGAAUAGUAGCGAGGUAUCAGCCUGAUGCAACGGAUCCCAACUUAAGUGGUGCACUUGCUUCAGUGCUAUGGGAACUCAAUCUCCUCUCGAGACACUACCACCCAACAAUCUCCUCAAUUGCUUCGGGGAUUGCAAAUAUGAGCGCCGCUCCAGGCCAAGCAAUUCUCCGGAUCAAUUCUCCUCAACAAGCAUAUCGAGAUCUGUCGCUGGAGAAGGAGGCGUUUGACCUGCAACAGGAUGUGGUGAAAUCCAGCAACAAGAGGAAGAAGUCCCUUCCCAACGGAGCUUCUGCCAGUACUAGUCUCAAACCAGAUAUAGCUAUGUCGGAUUCAGUUGACGAAGAAGAGUUGAGUAGGAAAUUCUGUGAGCAUUUCAGGGUUCUUGAAGAGAUGAAGGAGAAUGAGAGUGCGAGGGAGGAGUUGGCUCGGACUAAGGUGGCCCUACAAGCAUAUGAAGAGUAUAAGCAGCGGCGGAAGAACAGAAGUAAGAAACAGGUUAAGACAGUAGUGGCAAAGUAAACUUGUGGGGCGAUGCAUCGUCGAUAAAUGAUCCCCAAAUAUUUUGUGGAAUGUGGACGAGUUUGAUUCCCAUGAAUUAUUGUUUUGUUGUACAAGUAAACAUUGUAAAGCAGUUUGCGACAAAGAUCACAGCCGGCAAAUAUGAGAUUGCCAUUAUUAGUAUGUAGCUGUAGUAGUCCUGCUGGGGAAUGGAUCAGUCAGUAACCUUAUGGUGAGUAACUAGCUUCCUUCAUCAGAACAGAGAAGCCAGUGAGGUGUUGGUUGUAGAAUAUCCUUCCUAACUAAGAUUAAGCAGAGAGAGAAGGAAUGUUGAUUGAAUAACUAGCUUCCUUCAUCAUAUGAUCCUUAAUUAAUGAGGG